AUGAUCUUCAACGUGGCAGAAGGCCUAGCAAAAUGCGGCAUCCAGAUGGCAGACAGCAUGCGUACUGCCACGAACGGUCAAGAGCUGGUGCACAGAGACCUAAAACCCCAAAACAUCUUCCUCGACGCUCCCCACCCCACCCCCCAAAUCGGCGACUUCGAAUGGUCCUUCCUAACCUCCCCCUCCGACCUCCGCAACCCCGACGCCUGGGCCGGCGAACUGACUCCCGGCUUCUGUCCCCCCGAAGGGGUCCUAUACGUCGACUACACGGACAUGAAACCCAUAGAUCGCGCUCAAAUGCUCGAGAAGUACAACGUCUGGCAAGUCGGCGCGAUCCUGCGCUGCAUGAUUCUGCGAGAGCAAGCACCGCCGCAGGCGCUCUGGCUUGGGGAUGGGAGUAAAGAUGAAACAUACAAACUCCGCCUCGUCGACGAGAACGGCGGUAAGGUGGACAAGUACGGUGUAGAGGAGCAAUACAGCGAGGAAUUGCUCGAUAUGGUCGAGAGCGCCUUCAACCAGCAGAUCGCAUAA